AUGAGUAGAGGAAGCGGAGGUGGAUAUGAUCGGCAUAUCACCAUAUUCUCCCCUGAAGGUCGCCUCUUUCAAGUCGAGUAUGCGUUCAAGGCAGUGAAGGCAGCUUCCACCACUUCAAUUGGAGUUCGUGGAAGCGAUUCUGUCUGUGUCGUUACUCAAAAGAAGGUUCCGGACAAGCUUUUGGAUCAGUCUAGUGUUACUCACCUUUUCCCUAUUACAAAAUUCCUUGGUCUACUCGCCACCGGCAUGACUGCUGAUGCAAGGAACUUAGUCCAACAAGCAAGGAAUGAAGCUGCCGAGUUUAGGUUCAGAUAUGGAUAUGAAAUGCCUGUAGAUUCAUUAGCCAAAUGGAUUGCGGACAAAUCACAAGUUUAUACUCAGCAUGCUUAUAUGAGACCUCUUGGAGUAGUUGCUAUGGUUUUGGGUAUUGAUGAAGAGAAUGGGCCUCAGCUUUACAAGUGUGAUCCAGCUGGCCACUUUUUUGGACACAAGGCUACAAGUGCUGGAUUGAAAGAACAAGAGGCUAUCAAUUUCCUAGAAAAGAAAAUGAAAAAUGACCCUGCUUUCUCCUAUGAGGAAACUGUGCAGACUGCUAUUUCUGCUCUGCAAUCUGUUCUUCAAGAGGAUUUCAAGGCUACUGAGAUAGAGGUGGGAGUUGUGAGAGCAGGUGAUCGUGUUUUCAGAGCGCUGUCCACCGAGGAAAUUGAUGAACAUUUAACUGCCAUUAGUGAACGUGACUGA